ACGAAAAUCAUCAAAUUUGCUCUAGCCGCAAUGUUGGCAGCCUACGUCGUAGCAAAUCAGGAAAAGACAGGGGGCUACGAAAAAAGCGGUUAUGAAAUAGAAGACGGAGAUUAUGUAGACAAAAGUAACGAGAAAGAUGCCAUUCUCAGUGGAGAAACGCGAAGCUGCGAUGAAAGCAUAAAUAUAAGAAAAAAUCCUCAAAGUUACGAACACGAGAACAAUUAUAAAACCAGAAAUCAUAAAUUUGGAUAUUCAGCUAGCUCGUCCGCAGCCGCGUCCGCUGACGCAUCCGCUAAAGCUUAUGAACAUGGCCACAAGGACACCGCUUACAUAUAAUGCGUUAUUUUAUCGAUA